UAUCUACCUGUAAUAAACCUGAUGCGGUGCGCGUCCGCUGGUGUCACGUAAUAACGUACUACUGCUAUGGCUGCGUGACUGCGUCCGUUUUGUGCUUGUAGCCUUCAAGGCCACCGAGCAAGGAAGGGCGGACGGGCGGCUGCCGUUGGAAGGCAUCGCGUGCUUCUCCGGCCCCUGCUGCCGCUUCAAUUCUAGGCUUCAGAUAGGAUCCACGCGACACGCAACGAAGGCCAAAACGAGGAGUCGAGUUGAGUGCGAAUCACACGCAGAUACCACAAAUACACACAGCCCCAACUGACACAGCCCCACUAGAGAGAGGGAGAGGAGAGGAGGAGCCGAGGAGAAGAAGAAGGGGGGAAGGGGAGAGAGAGGAGGAGGAGGGCGCGGGGAUGGCGUCGGGGGUGUCGACGAGCAUGGUGCUGACGCUGCUGGGCUUCUGCGUCAGCGUCCUCUUCAUCGUCUUCGUCUGCUCCAGGCUCGUCUGCGCGCUCGUGCGCCGCCGCCGCCGCCGCUCCCGCGCCACGCCGCUCCCGCCGGGCUUCCCGCCGCUCGCCGCCAACUACUUCUUCGCCGUCCAGGUCGACCGCCUCGGGGGCGCCCAGCCCGCCCCCGCGGGGCUCGACUCCGCCGCCGUCGCCGCCUUCCCCACCCGCGCCUACUCCUCCUCCGCCGCCGGCGCCUCAACGCCUUCCUCCUCCGCCUCCUCCGACGCCGCACCGCAGUGUGUCGUCUGUCUUGCAGAAUACGAAGAUAAAGAUCUACUCCGAACUCUUCCGUAUUGCGGCCACAAUUUCCAUGUGGCCUGCAUAGAUGUUUGGCUAAAGCAACACACAACAUGCCCAGUCUGCAGAAUUUCACUGUCUGACUAUCCUGAUAGUAAGCACACCGUGCCUCCUCUACCAAGUGCUGCGAUGACACCUCCGUAUUCCCCUGAAGCAUCAAGAUCAGAUCCGUGCCAUUGCCUAUUUGUCGGCACAGGGCAUUCGGCAAGAUCAUCAGAUGUUCUCCGCAAUGAACCCGACCAGGCGAAUCAGACGGUGCCCGGCCCGUCCCUGGAUGGGCCAAACAACUUGUCACUGUCUGAGGUUACCUCUCCUGGCGAGAAUAACAAUGACACAGUAAAAUAGCACAUGCAGACUCCUCUUGUUCCACAGGUCGUGAUCUACCCAGCUAGGACUCUGCAAGUUGCUGCUUGGAGUUUCUGUCCUGCGGACUGUCUGUCUGCACGGUACGAUAAACAACCUGUAAACUUAGAAACAUCUGCACAUGUGGAGGUGUUGCCUGUUAUAGGUUAGUUUCUGCGGGUUCUCUGUAAAUAUGAGAAAUCGUCCGGGUUUCUUGUCAAAAACCAAAUCUAUUUGAUAAUCACAAACAAAACAGUUCGUUGCAUCCAA